AUGUCCCUGGAGAGGUACCUGGAGCACUACAGUCUCCUCACUCAUGACACUGGGAGAGUCAAGAUCCUGAACCCCCUCGAGCAGUCCAUGCUGAGAAUGCAGGACCUGAAGCAGACCGCCCCCCAGGCCCAUGCCCCGCUCCCCGCCACCCACCGCCCCCGCCUGUGGCUGGAGCGGGGGCUUGCGGAGCUGGCGCGCCACUCCUGCAUCAGCGCCCAUGCAUGUGAUGGCGCGCUGCUGGGCCGCAAGGUGGCGGUCGUGCUGCUGGAGGACUUUGUGCAGGAGCUGGCCGAGGGGACAGGGGGCCAUACCGUUCCUGCAGGGCUGCACGCCGGCAAAGUGGUCGAAGUGCUCGACCCCGGCGCGCACACCGACGCCUGCCCCAGGGACUGCCGGGCCGCCAGCCACCGUUUUGCAUACGUGCGGCUGCGCUGCGUGCGCUGCGGCCCUGGGGGCCCUUCUGCGCCCGUGGCAACGGAGGCCGCCGCCGGCGAGCGGCUGGACCUGCUGCUGGACCUGUCUGCACCACUCCAGGUCCUGGGGGCGGAGCGGCUGCGGGGCAUGCCCACGCCCCAGCUCCAGGACGCCUGGAUGCUGCUGGAGCCCCUGGCAUGCAGUGGUGGGAGGGGCGAAGCCCCUCCAGCCAGCAAGCGGCAGGCCCGGCAGGGACCUUGGAGUAGCUCCAAGCAGGGGCGCAGCCGCGCCAACUGA